AUGUUAUUCAUUAUUUCUAGUCAGGACUCUAUACCAACAUUCUAUAAUUGUUCUAUUAAUAGGAACCUAUUAAGAACAUACUAUUUGAAUCCAACUUAUUAAUUUUAUGUCCUCAGCAAGCUAAUUGAAUAAUAUAUUUCAAUUUCCAUCAUAAAUUUAUACACAUGCAAUAAUGGUUAUGUACUGUUAGGACAACAUAAAUAUGAAUAAAUUUAGAUGAAAAAAGCAUUAUUAGAAGAUUUAGUUGAUGUCUUUAAGCGAAAGUAUAUUUGA